UGCAUGGCUACGGAGUUUCAGCACGGCUCCAAAGGUCAUCCCCCGAAAUGCCAAGCUUAGCCUGCCAGAAAAAGUCACCACUGAACAUGCAGAUUCACGCCGCUUGCGCACAAACCUUCGCCUCAAAGGAAUAACUGAUUCACAGCACAACCCCGCCCUAAUUCAGUUGGAAGCGCCUCUCUAGUCCAGAUGAAUUUGCACCCCUCUUGGGCUUUUCCUGCGGCUCCCGGAAGGAGACCCCUUCUCCAUCCAGCCGAGUUGGAGGAAACGAAAGAGGGGGCGCUGCCUCGACGGAGGCAGGCCCGGUCGCCCGGAGGAAGUGCCUGCUUCAGCUCCGCCUGGAAGUUGACAGCGAGAGGCAUCGCGGGCUGGGCUGAGCUCGGCUUGGUGGGCUGAUCCCUGCUGGCUGGCCGGGCGCACCACCUUCCUUGGGCAGCCCACACUUGCCCACCAUGUCACAGGGCAGCAGACACGAGGAGGCCCGGAGCAGCAGCAGCCGCAAGCGGCACCAGAGCCACGACGAGUCCCAGGCAGGCAGGAGCUCCAGCAGCGGCAGCAAAGGGCACGAGCGGAAGGAGCAGAAGAGGAGGAAACGCGAAGCGCAGCAGCUGCAACAGAUCCAGCAUCUGGAGUCCUUCUAUGAGAAGCUUCCUCCGGGGCUAAUUAAGGAAGAUGAAACUAAACCAGAGGACUGCAUUCCUGAUGUACCUGGCAAUGAAAAUGCACGAGAAUUCUUAGCACAUGCUCCAACGAAAGGGCUCUGGAUGCCAUUAGGAAAAGAGGUCAAGGUGAUGCAGUGCUGGAGAUGUAAACGCUAUGGACACCGAACAGGGGAUAAAGAAUGUCCAUUCUUCAUUAAAGGCAAUCAGAAAUUGGAACAGUUCAGAGUAGCACAUGAAGACCCCAUGUAUGAUAUUAUAAGGGAAAACAAGCGCCAUGAGAAGGAAAUGCGGAUACGACAGCUGAAGCAGCUGCUGGAGGACUCGACUUCAGAGGAAGACAGUUCCAGUACUUCGGAAAAACACAAGAAAAAGAGAAAGAAGAAAGAAAAGAAGAAGAAGAAAAAGAGAAAGCACAAAUCUUCUAAAACAAAGUCAUCCGACUCAGAUUGAGAAGAUGCUGCCUCAGUGUUGUGUUGCGAAGCAUUCAAAGAAUCUUUCCCAAAGCAUUUGGAAUUGUUUCAGAGCACAAUCCAUGGACUGUUCAUGUGCUUUGUUGACAUUAUUUUGUGAGUUGCCUCAUCAGGAAACCUUCCCAUCCUAUCUCUACAUUGCUUUUUUAUACUUUAAGUGUGAAAAACCAAAACAAAGCCCAAUCCAACCCUUUGGUUGUUUGGUGCAAAAGCUGGCACUAAGAGAAAGUGCCUGUAGGAUAUGCAUGCAAGUUCCCUUUUCAUUUUAGCAAUGCGAGUACCAUUUCUUGCGGCUUCUUUUUUAACCUUGGGGUUUGUGGAAAGGGGAAGGUCACCAGUAGGGCAGCUUGCAAAGUAACUGCAAAGGUGUUCAGAAAUACCUCUUGGUCACAGCCUAGGAGAAUAUACAGUAGUCCUUUAGGUUCACACAAACAAAGUGUCUGCAGUGCUCUAGAUGGCCGAGGCUCAUCCAUUGGUGAAACUUAACAAAUAACAGUGCUGGUCAGCCAGACUGAGGCAAACAGUAGAAAAACUGAGAACAACCAAGAGACUUGGUGCAGAUUUCACUGUAACUACCUGUAGCUUAACUUUUGUUUUGAAAAGUGGAUUUGUACAGAACAGUGUGAUUCAAAACAGAUCAUAUUCUCACAGAAACAGCGGUGUGUCUGCUAUCCUCAAGAAAACACUUUAUGGCUCCUGUAGAACUUUCAUGAUACAGGAGUUCUUUAAUAUAAAGCCAAUCUGCAUGACCUUUGACUCUGCAGGCCAAACAUAGGACACUAGCAAUAUAUGGCAGACUGCAAGAAGCUCAAAAAAUCCUCCCAUUUGUACUCUCUGCUGGGAAGCGUAACUGAAGGAGCUGCCAGGCAAGAAUAUCAGGCUUGUGUUCAGCUUGUUGCAUCAUAAGAUGUGCAGGUCUCACUUGAAUCUCUCCAUGUCAUGUGAAUUACUGAUAGAUGGUUCUUUCAGUAAUUCCAUACCUGAAUGCUUUGUGUAGCCAUGACAGGCCUUAUCUUUUAAUAUGGCAACAUGAUGUAAAUCCGUAUCUGCUUUCAAAGUGGUUUGCUUUAUCACGACUAAGGCAUACAAUAUGAAUUAUGCCAGAAAGAGAAACAUUGAUUUCAGCUUGGUAAUCUGUGAAUCCUUUUUUUUUCCCAUUUUUGAAAGCACUUAAAAUAUUUCUGUUGCCCUAUUGAACCCACUAGUAUUGAAAUCCAUCUUGGAAGCAGGUCUAGAAAAGUGGUUGAGAAAGUAAACAGUAUUCUCUGUAAGGUGUGUUACUUUGGGUUAUGGAGUGCAGUUGUUAUAAAUGACUGAAUUGUUAUGCAGUGCUGACAGGCGGCAAGUUUGGAUUCUUUUCUGUUGUUUAAAAAAGACUUUAAAAGAGCUACAGAAGAGUUAACAGGGUGCAGCUGGUUUGUUCAAUAAAAGAAUUGUUCAUCCA